AUAGCUAGCCUUAAGAAGGCGAACGAAGCUAUAAUAAAGCGUAGGCAGCGUAAGAAGAAGCGGAUACAGAAGCAAAGAGUGCUAACAAAGAGAGCUAGAGAGGAUCUACUCGCUCAGCGCAAGGCUAAUCAGCAGAUUACUUAUAAAGAGCGUUAA